GCUGUGAUCCCGCGCUGUUGCUGACCAAAAUUGUGGGCUGACAGAUUACUCGACAAACAAAUUCGUGUAGCUAUAAUAAAUGUCAAUUAUUAGUUAUGAUUGAUAAAGCCCUGCAUAGCAACUGUCUAUUUGUUUACCCUAUCCCGAAUUUCCAAAUGAAGGCCAUCUUAAAAAAUGGAGAUGGACGAUGAUCUUGAGAACUUCCUCAAGGAACAGAGAGCCAAAGUGGCAGAGGAUAAAGCCAACUUGAAACACGAUCCUCCUUACAUGGAAAUACGGGAAAAGUAUCAUAAGGCCUAUGAUCACACUAUUAAGGAAAACAUCCCUCCAUUUAAGCGAUCUACAGUAUUGGAAAAAGAAGAGGGUCAGAGCCUAAGUUUAUCUCUGGGUGAGGACUAUGAGCGGAAGAAGCAGAAAUUACAGCAAGAGCUUCGGCAGGACUACAGACGCUACAUGGCUCAGGAGCACGGUGCUUCCCUCAGACCUCCACCCCUGCUUGAUGUCCAGCCCAGCCCCAGACUGCCAUCCAGAAGAGAUGCCGCCACUCUGACUGAGGGGCGGAGAGGGGUGCACAUUGGGCGCCACCUGGCCGAGGUCAGGGGUCCCUGGGCUGAGGAGGAUGGACUGCCCUUUAGAGAGAGCAGGACCACCAGACUGGGAAGGGUGGAGCCGGGGGAUGAAGACUCUGAAGAUGACUAUGUAGAGGAAGAGCUGGAACUGAUGGAGAGGAGGAGGCUGGAAGCCAUCCAAUCAGAGAGGAGGAGGCCAAGACACUACUACAAAGCUGACAGCAGGUUCCGAGACAGGAGGAAAGAGCCACAGGCUGAUUAUAUUGACACAGGUUAUCAUGGACAGAGAACAAGUCAUGAAAACAGGGAGAGGAAGCAGGCCGAUGGAUCUGUUGUCCAAGAGGGUUAUCAAGACAGGACCUCCUCCUUGACAAACCAAGUCAAGCUACAGUCAACAGGGGACACCAGUUUAAACCUGACAUCAAGGUCAGCCAUCAACAAGCAUGAGUUUGCUACAGGGCUCAUGAUCGGGGCUGCAGAUGCUGAUGUGGUCUCACAGAGACGUAAGGAGCGUUACAGACAGGAGCUACAGGAGCAGAUAGCUGAACAGCAGAGGAACAAGAAAAGAGAGAAAGAUCUGGAACUGAGAGUAACCUCCACAAGAGCCAAUGACCCUGAGAAACCGCCGGAUCGCAUCAAACAUCUUGGACAGAGUAUUGUGAAAAGAAGAGAGGAUCUGUUUCGAGCUGGCCUGGGUCUGGACGAGGCAGCAGCAGGGGAAGAACCUAGAAGGCUACCCGGUGAUGAGAAGCCUUCUGUGGACAGAGAGAGGGAGAGGCUCCCCCCUGAGUUGCCCAUAGUAGCCUUCCAGUCUCCGCUCCUAGAGUACAGCUCAGCGCUGGGGCUGUCCAAUGGGGGGCUUUCCCCGUACAGCCAGGCGGUGGGUUUUCCCCGAGGCAUGGACACCCCCAGAAUGCCAGGCAUCCCUUUGCACCCUCCAACCAGAAUGGCAGAAGCCUACAGGAGUCCCUAUGAUGAAGGCUACUCAUACUAUGGACCCAGGAAUACAUUGGAGCCAAACCUGCCCUACUAUGGUCAGAUGGCGAUGCCUGGAGGAGUCCCACUGAUGUCCUACCUAACCCUACCUCAAACUGGAGGAGGCCCGCACACUCAUCACAGCCUUCACGGUACCCAGCAUAUACACCCAGAAGCACCUCCACCACCCCUCAGACCUAACAGUGAGGCUGCCACAGUCAGCUCAGGGAUCAGUGUCUUUCCUGCAGAGAAGAUCCUUCCAUCCAAGCAGAGUGCACUAAGUUACAAGGAGGCACUGAAACAGCAGAUCCAGGAGAAGCAGGAGCGCCGGAGGCUGGAGAAGGAGGAGAGGGACAGCACUGAGGCCAAGCUGGAGUUCCACAUGAAGAACCAUGACCCAUGGGGCCGGGGAGGGUGCGGAGCACCUCUUAGAGACAACCGAGGGAACCUCAUUACUGACCUACACCAGAUGCACAAGCAGAAUGAGGAAGCUUGGCUGAACCCCGAGACAUGGCAGAAAAGAGCCCCAGCCAUCGUGCCCAUCCUGACGGAUGCCCUGCCUUCCAUCAACACAGUCUCAGGUUUUGACCGUGUCCAGACCCCUAUGUAUGCAAGAGGCAGUGUGUUUGCCAACCAGCCCACACCUCAGCAACUUAUGGAAAAGGACAAGUACAAGUCCUUCCUAAAACAACAGAUUGAAGAGAAGCGCCUUAAGGAGGCAGAGGAGAGGGAGAAGAUACGCCUGGAGGAGGAGAAAGAGGAGAGGAGGCUGGCGGAGCAGAGGGCUCGAAUCCAGUGGGAGUAUGAUGAGGAGCAGGAGAGGAAGAAACGCAAAGAGAUGGAGCAAAAGGCCAAGAACGAGGAGCUGGUCCGCCUUGCAGAGGAGCGAAGGAAGGAGGCGGAGAGGAAAAAGAAAGAGGCGGACGAGAAGGAGAUGGCUGCGCUGAGGAUACAGUAUGAGGAGGAGAGACAGGCGCGCGUAGAGGGCGAGUAUGAUCCCCAUCAUACUGUCUAUCUGCAGGUGCACAGGGAGCCCUCGCCCCCCAUCCCCACCCUCCAGAAGAGACACAGGGCCCCCCAGUACACCCCCAGACCCCCCACCGUGGACAGCAGACGCUCCACCGCCCCCAUGUCUGAGUGUUCACUUUCAGGACUCCAGUCCCAGUCACCGCCUGUACCUGCUCGUAGGAACGAGCUGAGAGCUGCAGAGGACCAGAGGGGAGUGAUCAGUGAGUUGUCUGCGUUGCGUAGACAGCUGCGCAGCGAACAGAUACGUCUGGAGGUACAGCUGAUGCGCUCCGAGUGGGAGGAGCUGGACUCUCCUAUGAGUGACAGGCGUAGGGAGGUGGAUGUGUUUGACAUGGCCAGGCUGCGUUUGCAGGCCCCCGUCCGAAGGCCCCCCUCCAGGAACAUGGAGCCUAGCAAACUGCUCCGUAUCCAUGACUCCUUACAGCUCCGAUACCCUGACAGUGAUUUCAGAUAUGGCUACAAUGAGCUCCCCAGGGAGGAGGGUCAGCCUGUGGACAUCCAGAGACAGGCUGACCACCGGGAACAGCAACGCAGGAGGAGCAGCCUGAGGAGGAAACCAGGCCACGAUUAUUUUGACCUGUCACCACCCCAGAAACCAAACCAUUAUUCGAGGGAUCCCGGGAGAGGCUACCUGUUGGAAUCAGAGAGUGCCUUCAUCAACCCCAUGGACGACACGUACCCGGUGCCCCGUCCCCCUAAACAGAAGCCCCCCCAGCUGUCUGCCAGGGAGAGGAGGAGGCUGGCCAAGAACGCCGAAUCGCACAAUGACAGAGAGGCUUACAGGGAGCCUACCAGAUUGCCAGAUGACUACAUCCUCCAAUCAGAGUCAGCAGGGCGGGCCCAGGAGCGUGAGCACCACAGCUGGACCAGGAGACUGCUGGCUCUGAGGCGCCGUGACAGGACAACAGGAGAACUGUCUGAGGAUGAUGAUGAUGAGGAAGAGUCUCCAGGGGUCUCUCCCCAUAGCCCCGACUGCCGCAGCUCUGCAGACACGGAUGCCACCGAGCCCUGGAUGAGACCAGAGUCAUCGGAAACGUUGAAGCGCCUGAUGACCGGUCCGUCCAGGAAGGAGAGGCUGCCCCCUCUCAAAGGCGUCCACACACAGGACUGGGAUGGGCCAUCCACCUACCACGGCUGAGGCCAUGUUUGAGUCCUUGAGUCCUCCCUAAUGCUGGAUACACACCACAAGAUAAUCGGGCUAAUUUUGGGCCGAUUUCCCCCUUCCGACAAUCCUAGGUAAUGUCCCGACAAUCCUAGGUUAUGUCCCGAUUAUCUACAGAUUAUUUGAUCCGAUUUUCCCUUGGUGUGAGGUGUGUUAAGAGUGACCGAACUUGCUCGGAAGAACGUCGGAGCCGUCCCAAUCGCGAAUCGUAAAUAUUCAAGAAAUCCUGGUGUGGGGGGAACCCCGAGGACAAACACCACACCAUAAAGGAGCAAAACAGUUACAUCUAGGAUUGUUUUGUCCUCAUGUUUGUGGUCUCUCACAUUUUGAAAAUCUUAAAAGAUUAAAAAAUCUUUGUGUGUACCCAUCAUUAAGUUUAGCUCAUGGAUACUUGAGGAUGUCAGUGGAUACCAAGUUUACAAACCAAACCAUCUUGCUGUUGAGGGGCCUGGUACAUCCACAUCAGCAGUAUCAGAGCAAGAUCCCCUGCCCCUGGAUACAACUGCAUCUGUGUUUGCUUCUAUAGUUAGUUUCACGUUUUAUAAAAAAUGUACUUCUGUUUGUCAUGUUCUACCUCAGAAAACCACUCUUGCUAAGUGGUUGGAUUAUUUUGUUUGAAAUCUAUUGUUUUAUUAGCUGGUAUUCAUUAGUUUUUUAUGGAAAUGAUAAAACCUUUAGCUUUUAUUAACCUGAGAUUAACAAAUCCAUGCUUGGAAUAAGCGUGUGUGUACUCAAGAGACCACAUCAGACAUUGUGUGUCUGCUGCACUAUUUGCUGUUGGUUUGCAGUGUCAAGGAUUUUAUCUUGUCCUUUUCAAUAGUAUUUAUUGCAUCUUGUGUCAUGGCACUAUAUUUAUAAUGUAAAUGAUGACAAAUGAAAGCUGGUUUAAAGGAAAAUUGUAAUAUGUACCAUGUGUAAAUGUUUGUGAAAAUGUUUAAAUAUUAUAAUAAAUUAUAUUUUACAUAGAUGUAUAUAUGCAGUGUAUUUUGUUUUUGGAAGGGACUGGAAUUUACAGUGCGUAAUAAAUUGCCACUGUUUGCAUACCAAUUAAAGAAUUCCAAAUGCUUUGUUCAUGACGGUGUUCCAGAUGAAUGUGUGACAAGGGAAACAACCAUAUGUUAUUAGAUUUUUUCUCCACGUUUCUAUUGUAUAAUGGAAAACAAUGAUACGUAAGGCUUUUAUUGGCAAAAACAUUUAAUAUAUGCAACAAGUCCCUCCUUUUAUAGAAAUCAGUCUGCUCUUA